CCUCUUGGUCGAGGUUGUGGAAGAUGGUGGCUUUGUAUCAGCAACAGACGACAUCUAUUUCAGCUCCUUCGACAAGCUUUGUGCAAUGCAACGUCAAGAGCCACUUCGAGGGGAAAAGGUGGCGAGUGUAGUUCGAACGACCUGAAAGGAACGUAUGGGACGGAGAAAAGACAGCAUAAGGUGGCGAUAACUAUGCCUUCUGUCCGUUGCUUCAUGACGCAGCUCUUUCGAGUGCCUUUUAAAAGGCGUCUUGUCAGCAGCAGCAGAAGCAUCAUCAUCAUCAUCCAUGGACGAGUUCCAAGAACUGGUAGUCCAGUCCGGUGAGCGUGAACCGGAAGCCCGUUCGGCUCCGAGGUUGGAGAUCACCGUGGAGGAGGCCAUCGAAGAGCACGUGGGGUCGCUGGGCUUCGCUCAACUGGUGCACGUCUUCCUCGUCUCCCUCGCAUGGAUGUUCGACGCACAGAACACACUGAUCACCAUAUUCAGCGACGCCCAACCUGCUUGGAGAUGCACACCUUCUUCUUCUUCUUCUUCUUCUUCGUGCUCUUCGUCGAGCUCCUCGGACGGUAUGUGCGGCCUCGAUCGUUGUGCCUGGGAGUGGGUCGGAGGGAACAAAACCUCUAUCAUAGCAGAAUGGGGCCUCGUGUGCGAUCGAAGGUUCAGAGCUGGGAUUCCUGCAUCCUUCUUCUUCCUCGGUUCACUCUUUGGAUCAGCAGUUCAUGGCCGACUCGCUGACUCCUACCUCGGCCGCAAGAAGACGGUCUUCCUUUCGUGCCUCUUGACCUCCAUCACUACCUUCCUCACCUCCCUCGCCCCAAACAUCUGGGUGUACGCGCUCCUGCGCUUCUCUAAUGGCUUUGCUCGCUCCGGGAUCGGUAUCUGUUGCCUCGUCCUCGCCACCGAGACCGUGGGAAGGAAGUGGAGGGGUCAAGUCGGCCAGUACGGCUUCUUCUUCUUCACCAUCGGCUUCCUAUCGCUUCCGCUCGUCGCUUACCCGGCGAGGACCUCAUGGAGGACCAUUUACAAGGUCAUCUCCCUUCUACCCCUCGUUUACUCCAUCUUAAUUAUCCCCUUCGUCUCAGAGUCUCCAAGAUGGCUCGCUGUCAAAGGAAGAACCGGAGAAGCGCUCGAUGUCUUGACCAAGUUUGCCAAACUCAAUGGGAGUAAGCUACCUGGGAACAUAGCGAUCUCCAAUCCCAUUGACACUAACGCCGGUAGCGCCACCAAACCUGAGAGUUUAUGGUCAUCAAGAUGGGCAACACGAAGGAUAGCCACGAUCAUGGUCACCGGCUUCGCCGUCGGGUUCGUCUACUACGGUUUUCAGCUCAACGUCGAAAAUCUCAACUUCAAUCUCUACUUCACCGUCGGCGUGAACGCGUUGAUGGAGAUCCCGGCGGUCUUUAUAGGUAGCGUGUUCCUGAGCUUCGCGAACCGCCGCACCCUCUUCUCGUCCUCGGCGUUCGUGGCCGGCGUGUCGUGCAUCCUCUGCAUUCUGUUCACCAAGAAGCCGACGACGAGAGGAGGCAACUUCGCGCAGCUGAGCGCGGAGUCUGUUGGAUUCAUGGCCGCCUCGACGGUCUUCGACGUUUUGUACGUCUACUGCGUCGAGCUGUUCCCUGCCAACGUGAGAAACUUGGCCGUCUCCAAGCUUCGGCAGUCGCUGAUGUUGGGUGCAGCGAUAGCACCUCAUCUGGUGACUUUGGGGCGAUUGAGCCCAUGGAUUUCCUUCCUCAUAUUCGGUGGACUCUCCAUUUUCGGUGGGCUAAUGACGAUUUGGCUUCCGGAGACGAGGAAUGCUCCAGUAUGCGAGACCUUGGAGCAGCAGGAGAAACAGGAGAAGCUGAGCUCUGCAUCUAUCACAGAGAUGGAGUUGUUGGAUAGUAGCAACUGAGGGUGUCCGGAGCGAUGUUUACGGUCCUGUUGUGAUGAUGGGGAGAAGGAGAAAACAGAGCUAUGAACAAGCAGUCGUCCGCUGGCUGCACGAAGAUAGAUUGAUUUUAAUAGGACAAUCAGUAACAUAGUUAAUCUUCGGCAAACUUUCGUGAUUCCAAUCCUCGAAAGGUAAACCCGGAAACUGCACCCAAACCGGGGAAGAGUGAAUUGUUUCCUGCAAAGGUUGGGAAUCAGGAUGCCAAGGAAUUAUAUGGAUAGCUUCACCACCGAUAGUCCAAGGGCCCUCUGUAAGAGCUAGUAAAGCAUCCUCCUCGGAUGGAAAACGAAAAAGAAAAUGAUUCAUCUCCAUAUCUAUAACAAGAGGAGGAGAAGAGGUUUUCCAAAACUUCACCGUGAAAGCUUUAACCAACUCAAUAGGCGGCGAUCGGCAUGAGAACCGACCAACAAAGGUAAAUUGGCAUGGUUUACGCCGUUCAAUAGGUCUCACCUUAUCAAAACACACGAAAUCUUCCAAAAUCGAGAAUCCAAAAGGAAAGAACUAGGAACAUGUUGGUCCAGCCGGCUUGGACUAAUUGAUUUGCGCAUUGUGUUCAAAUCUAACCAUGGCGACACUGAGAAAAGGAACAACAGGGAGAAAAAGUUCAAAUUUUUAGGUU